GCCGAGGAGGGCGGGCGGUUGCAGUGUUUUGGCCGGCGCUGGUCAGUCUUGCCCCACGCACAAUGGUGAUAAGUAUUUUCCGUAUUCCCGGAUGCUUCUCCCUGUACCAAGCACCGUCACGCAGCACCAGAGAGCCAUGAGUACAUAAGACGAUCCAAGGCCUGGCUCAUGAGUGAUCCCGAGCCACUUGUAACAUCAAGAUCAAGACCAAGCCGUCCGGUACAAGGAGAAAGAGGCCCCAAUGUAUGAAAGGUGGAAUGAUGGAAGCCUGGGCGGUGAUAUUCUCUUCCGAGCGAGGGCACAGUGUAUGGAUGUGAAUGCAAGGAGUUACAGGUGGUCUGAGUCCUGCAGCAAAGUGUGCCAGAUGUGUGAUAUGGGAGAGGAUGAGACGGUGGAACAUGUGCUGGAGUGUGUGAAGUAUGCCAAAGACAGGAAUGAGAUGAUGCAAGUGAUACUGACUGAGUUAGGGCAUGAUAUGAAUGAAAGAAUGGUAAAGACAGGAAAGGAGUGGAUGGUGUUGUUGCUGGGACUGAGUAGAGACGAAUAAAAGGAUGAUUGAGGCGGUGAAAGAGUUCCUGGAGAGAAUGUGGCGUGUCAGAUGUAGGAACAAUUAGUGUAGAGGAUGCUGUUUGUUUCUCUUCCCCCCACCCCCUUCUACAUGAGUUGCCGAUCCAAAGGCCUGGCUUAGGAGUGAUCCCGAGCCACCUGUACCACCAAGAUCAAGACCGUAGCAUCAAGAUCAAGAGUGAUUUUAUGUAAGUGGUCUCAGGAAUCAGCUGUUUCUGUUAAUGCGAGGAUUGGCGAAAAGUGAGCAGCGUGAAGGGAGAAGUAGAGGAAAAGUGGAGACAGAAACUGAAGAGGAAGGGGAAAUAAAGUAAAAGGAAGAUAGCACACUAAAGAAAAGGGAAGAUACGUGGAGGGAGAAAUAAGAUAAAGAAGAAAACAAGAAAAAGGAAGAAUAUAGUUGGAAGAAUAUUCGUAAAAGAGGAGGAAGGAAGGAUCAAGACAGAAAUAAGACCGAAGACACAGCACACAAAAAAGACCAUGGCGUUUGAUAUGAAAAAGGAAGACGACGUGAAGGAGUUUUUGGAGAAUCUAGGAAUAGAAUACAGAUUUGGCUGCUUCAGUGAGAAGAAGCCAGAAAGCUGUCACUUGCUGGGCGACUACUUUGAGGGGGUGAAGAAGGACUUUGAGAAAGCUGCCAAGGUGUUCAGGAGUAACUGCGAUGACUCCUCGUACCCAAAGAGCUGCUACAAGUAUGCCAACUACAACUUCUUGGGCAAGGGGUGCAAGCAGAACAUGGAUGAGGCUUAUUCCUACUACCUGAAGGGCUGCACGGCGGGGGACUACGACUCCUGCCUCAAUGGGGGCCUCAUGUGUGUCUCCAAUACCCCCACCAAUGCUGAGCGGCCUAAGGAUUAUAAUAAGGGUCUGGAGCUCCUGGACAAAGCCUGUAGUGGGAACAAUGCCUUCUCCUGCUACUACAUCUCAGGCAUAUUCAUCCAGGGAGUGAAGGACAACAUCACCAAGGACAUGAGCAAGGCCUUCCACUACUCCAUGAAGGCGUGUGACCUUGGGAACAUGUACGCCUGUGCUAAUGUUUCUCAGAUGUACCGGAAGGGCGACGGUGUGGAGAAGGAUGAGGCGAAGAGUGAGGAGUUCAAGAAGAAAGCGUUGGACAUGCAGGAGCAGUUCAAGGAGCAGAUGCAGAUACAGUUCCAGCAGGGAGCAGAAAAAAGUUAAAUUCAUCCCAGGUUGUAUUGGAUGUGACUACCUCCCUCAUGACCUUUUAGCUAUUUUUACUUGUACAUUUUAAAUUGAAAGUAAGAUUUGAAUGAGCGUUUGGACUUGAGAUCAUUACCUGUGUUGUUGAAGGUGUCCUGUGCCCCAAAGACCCUCCCUCAGAAGUAUCAUGGAAACACUGAGAGGCCCUGAUAGGACACUUUGACACAAGUCUGACAUGUUAUUGAUCACUCCAGGAUGAUCAUCAAGACUGAAGUGGAGUUUUGGUGAGCCUUGACUGUUGCCACAAACUUGUUAUAGGGAAAGGUGUCUGGUAUGUGUUGAUGGCCAGUGCAUAUUGGUGAGGUGGUGGUAAAUUAUAUUACUAUUACUUAUUAUCGUGUCAUUUCCUAUAAAGGUUGUCAGAGAACGGGAGAACAUUAAGACCUACACAUAGCAGCCCUUGUAUGAAAUAUGCCUGCUUAUUUCCAGCUAUCAUCCCCAUUUGUAAAUCUGUCAGAUCUCCUUUUAAAAAUCCUUAUUGACUCAGAACUAACAAUUUGAUUACUGAGCUUAAGUAGUCUGUCAGUGGUGGAGAGUUGAGCUAAAUAGGACUUGGUAUUAUUCAUAUUCUGAGCACAAAUGAACUGUGGUGCAUGGAUGGUAGAUUACAAUACCAGUGUAAUGUCUCAGGUUCUGAAGCACUGACAAGUUGAUGUAAAGGGUGAAGAAGUGGCUAAGAAUUUAAUCCCUUGUAGAAGCUGCCUUCUCUUGUGGAGAUCAUGGGCUGCUUCAUUCAAAACCUGUGCAUCUCCCUUCAGAAAGAAAUCUUUAACUCAAUCCAGCCAUUGUGCCAUCCUCCUUUCUUGUCCCAACAUCUCCCUUCAGAAAAAAUCUAAUGAUGUUCAGAUCUUUAACUCAACUCAGUCACUCAGCCUUCCUCCUUACAUAUCCAGACCACUUCAGUCAGUUUGGAUGUUAUAUGGCACUAAACAUGUAUGUAGGUUCUUUAUCUACCUUGAAAAAGAAAUCUAAAUGUGUGAAGAUCUUCAACUCACUCAACCCAUUCACUCUGCCCUCCUCCCAACAUGUCCCAACCACUUGAAUGUAGAUUCUGCGACUCCAAAAAAAAAAACUGGUUCUUCAUCACCCUUCAGAAAGAAAUUAAAAGUAUUCCGAUAUGUACCUCACUCACUCUUGUCAUUCUACCCUCCUGUCAAUGUUUCCAGACCACUUCAGUCAAUCUGGAACCUUGCAGUGCUAUCCACAUGCAGGAUCCACUUCCAGCCUCCCACAUGUGACAGAUGGAGCUGGUGUAGUGUUGGUGUGACGUUUGUAUCAGGUGUGACCCAUUGUUUUGUGAUAGGGCCUCUGUGACCUGUGGUGUAAUUCCAAGUCACUCGCAGUACCUUACAUCCACUAGAUCAGGAGUGGCCACUUUGACCAGGCCAUGUAUUAUGAGUACCUGUAUAUCUUGUACAUAGUGUAACAUAGGUUGUUGUCUCUGUGAAUAGAGUUGUAAAUUAAAUUGUGAAGAAUUAAAUUAUUAUGUACAAAUCUUAGAUA